AUGACAGCAGUCGGUAGUGGCAAUGGUUUUGGCACCACAGCCUGGUGGGGCUUUUCUCCAGCACUUGACUUGCAAUCCAUAUGUAGCAUGUAAACUUCCCUAGAAUGUCUUCAGCUGUCCCAGGAAGAUGUCCCUAAAAUGAACAUCCUACUUGUAGGAUCGAUAGAUGCUCGUCAUAUCCUCAAGACUUUGAGUCAGACACACCUAUGGCCACAGAGGAAAAUCAGUUUCUUCGUGCUGGAGAACAAUCUGGAGGCCCUGGCCCGGCAGCUGCUGUUCCUGAGUCUGGCUCUGGAGCCUGCAGAGAAGAUGGGGCUGCAAGAGAAGAGUGAGACAUUCCUUGAGCUGAUGGGGAACACGCUGCUUCGAAGCCAGACAGCUGCCUACCUGCAGGAGAAGGCAGACCUCUUUAUACGUUAUGUCACAGACCUUGAUUUUCAGCAGACACACCUACCCACCUUGGACUUGUCUAACCUCAAGUUCAAGGAGCGGGACCAGUUGGAGGCCAUCUUCCGGUUCUGGAGGAAUCCUGACCCACAAGCUUUCCAGAUCAAGCGGCUCUGGGAUCUGCGACUCCGACAGUACCUGGGCACCCGCUAUGACUCCCGCCGUGGGGUGUGUGACUGGGAUCUCACCAUGAAGCUGCAUGAACAUGGGGCCAAAGUAAUAAACUUCCGUGAGUAUUUCCAGUGGCGUGACACAGGUGUGGCCUUUGAAAUGCGGGAAGCCACCUACGAUGUCCCCAACAAGACCUUGGCAUCUGGGCGUCUCCUAAGACACAAAGGGGAGCCAGUGCCAGCUCGGGGAUACUGGGGCGACAUAGCCACGAGCCCCUACAUCACAUUUGGAAUUGAGGCUGAAGAUCCUGAGCUGCUGAAAACAACCAAUGGCCUGCCCAGUAAGAGUGCCCAGGAAAUCUCCUUGCAUAAUGUCACUGCCCUCUUGUAUGAGCUCUUUUAUCACACCCGCUAUGACCCACCGGCACCCUCAGAGGGCAAAGGCGGUGGUGGCGACGAGCUUGGUGGCAGUGGUGCGUGUCCCCAGCCAGAUGCUACCAGUGGCCCUCCCACUGCAGAAGACGUCCGAGUCUAUUUCUUGCCUCUCAACUGCCUCUCUGAGCUCCAUCACAAAUGCAAAUACCAAAAGCUCUUCGACCUCAUCUUCUUCUCUUGCAGCAUGGUGCACUUCCUAAAACCAAAUGUGAAUCUGCUGUCAGCCCCAAAAGCCACUCUCAUUGUUGAACUGACAGACUUCCUGCCUGAUCUUCGCAAGGAGCAGGUGUCUGAGUUCUCCUCCCGAGUAUCCAGCCUGGCAGUGGAGGCGGGAUUUGUGCCUGUCCAAACCACAGACAAAAAACCAUUUUCCUUGUUCCAGCUUGAGGACCAGGAAGCUUUGGAUCCACAAUGA